ACGACACUUCUUUACGGCACCCUUGGCCACACGUGUAGUUGCAUGUAAGCACAUCGGGUUCGUGUCCGCUGCGUGAAGCCCAGUUUAUAGCGUUUGAAGAAAAUGUCCUACAGAGGAGGAGGUGGACGAGGAGGUGGAGGAGGAUUUAACAGAGGUGGUGGUGGAGGAUUUAACCGAGGAGGCAGAGGCGGAGGAUUCGGUGGAGGCAGAGGUGGUGGAGGAGGUUUUGGACGGGGUGGAGGGAGAGGCGGUUUUAACAGACAGCAAGACUACGGACCUCCAGAAUAUGUUGUUGCACUGGGAGAGUUCAUGCAUCCCUGUGAAGAUGACAUUGUGUGUAAAUGUACGACAGAGGAGAACAAAGUUCCCUACUUCAACGCCCCAGUUUACCUGGAAAACAAGGAGCAGAUAGGAAAGGUGGAUGAGAUAUUCGGCCAGCUGCGGGACUUUUAUUUUUCAGUCAAACUUUCUGAUAAUAUGAAGGCAUCAUCAUUCAAAAAACUGCAGAAGUUUUAUAUAGAUCCAAUGAAGCUCCUGCCACUGCAGAGAUUUCUCCCCAGGCCUCCAGGAGAGAAGGGUCCUCCAAGAGGAGGUCGAGGCGGGGGUAGAGGCGGCGGAAGAGGUGGUGGUCGUGGAGGUGGAUUCCGAGGCGGCAGGGGCGGAGGCGGCCGUGGUGGAGGAUUUGGAGGUGGACGAGGUGGAGGUGGUUUCAGAGGAGGAAGAGGAGGUGGAGGAGGCGGACGUGGAUUCAGAGGAGGGAGAUGAUCUGAUGGUGGUUGUCUGGACUGAUCUGGACGUCUCAUUUUAUACAGCAACAUGAAGCAGAAGGUGGCUUUCUAUGCUACAACCUGGGAUGUUGGAGAUCAGGAAAAUGAACAUUGCCUCUAAUUGUUGUACUUGAAUGGAUUUUUUUCCAUUUUGUUGUAUUUUUUUUUUUUUUUUUUACCAGUUGGAUGAGUGGAACACAACUCUUAUUUAAAGGAUGAUGUGUCAGCUUGUACGUAACAAAAUGGUGAUCUUUGAGACUUUACGAAAUUUCAUGGUGGUCACUUUGUACACAGGCGUGUCAUUAUCCUGCAAUGUGUAAUAUUAGCCAUGUACGUCAGUUAACAUUGCAAAGAUACAGACUUCAUUCACAAAUCUCUGUUAAUAUUCCAACAUAUUGAAAAAUAUGUGGAAAUCUGGCUUCACUUAGUUGAAAAACAUUUUAAUAGUCAGAAUUUGUAUAAUCGUAAAAUAAAUAUUGUCAUGUUUUUUGUUAAAAUGCAUUGAUUAAAAGAUGCUUUGUAACUCUGGG